GCUCUGUAUCACAGUGCCACGGGCUGUGUAAUAAACACGGAAGUGAGUGCACAGUGGGGCGACGUAACGACAUUGGCAAACCGAGCUUUGAUGUGACGACCGCGUUUGUUGUCAACCUUCACUUACCGUCGACGUACGACCUGAGCCAACAUGAAGACGACCCCCGUUAGCUUCACGUUUGCUUGACGUCACUACAAUGACGAGGCGGACGUGCACUCAGCGGACUGUUGUACGUGAUGCUACGUGAGCUAGCAACCUGAGCUAACCUGCAGGGGGAGACAAAGCAGCAUUAUCAGACUGGAGGCAAGCUCUCACAUGAAACAUGAAACGGUCUGCCCGAGGUCGAUCACAGGAGGAAAAUCCUGAAAAUGACCUGCACAAACUAAAGCUACAAUAUCGCCAAGCUAUAAAAGACAAACAGGCUUAUGAUGAAAAAAUUCAAAGCCUCCUGCUGAAAGACAGCAGGGAGAUUGAAAGACUCCAGACUGAACAUGAAGAACUAUUACACAUCCUCACCAUCGCUCAGAGUAGUUGUAACCAAAAAAAAGAAGUUAAUGCUUCUCAAGAUCUCAAUAACCUUUUGUCCAGCGAGGAGAGAAUAGAGGAGGAGCUACGAACAAACAAAACCAAACUGGUGUCUUUUAAAAAGCAGAUUUUAGAAUGGGAGCGGAAGCUGGUGGCACAGAGGGGGGGGACUGCACCGCAUAAUACAAAAUGUGAAGACAACUCCAUAAAGGAUAUCUUGUCAAAAGAGGACAAACUGUACAAGGGUCACAUAUGCUUCAAUGAGCUGACAAUCAGGAAUGACCAAUUAAGGAAGGAACUAGAAAUUCUGGAGAUGGAGAAGAAUGAGUUCCUGCAAAUUCAGCUUCAGCUGAAAAAGGAGCUGCAAGCCAUUCGCAAGGAAAUUUCUGACUUGAGUGCUAUGUGUACUAAAGCCAACAAUGCCAGCGUUGCAAUCCAGGUAAAGCAGAAGAAGCUGAAGGAACAGAGGGCUCAGUUCGAAGCUCAGUACACUCAAACGACAACCAACUUAGAGCAUGAAAUUGCCACGCACUGCAACCUUGAGGCUAUGGUAAACGUGAAGAACGCCGGCGACGAGGGCAGUGAUCACAACAAAGAGGACCUGCUGGAGCAGCUGCAGAAGUUGACCCAUCUGGAAGAUACCAUCAGGAAAAUCCUAAUAGAGACGGGAGAGAAUGAGCUGAACACGCUGGUAGCAAACUUCUUAGGAAUGGAGGAGGAGAACUAUUCUUUACUGAGCUUUGUCAACUAUCAGCACUGGAAUGUUGAGGACCUUAAACAGCAGAUCACUCAGCUUUACAAGGAGAGCGAACUCUUUGUCACUGAGCAGAAACAGCAGGCUCAGGACCGCCAAGCUCUUCAGGCAGCCAUUUCCACCAAGCAAGACACUAUUGAGGAGCAGCUGUGUGGAUUCGAAAAGCGAAUUGACUUCCUUCAAAAUAUCCUAGAUCACCUUAAAAAAGGUGUCCAAACAUUACUUGACAUCAGCUAUGAAGGUACUGACAUGUCCAGUACAUUGAGCACUUAUGACAGAGCCCUGGAUGAGCACAUGACAGCGUGCUUGAAGCUGGUGGAAGAAAAAGUCAAUGGUCUCCUAAAUCUGCAGUCCAUCAUUCUCUUUCAGGAGAGCUUAACACAGACCUCGCUAGUGACGGCUUUGGUUCCAUAGCGGAUCAACUGCGGGGGAAAGGGAACGCCCAAGCAGCCAACCUGUCCACCGCAGCUUCAACCCCGCCACCUGAGUAGGUCUUAUUACUUCCUUAAAUCUCGAUCAGACGUGACACCCAAGGAACAAUUACUUUCAACAUUAGUAUAUGGACAAAUGUUGAGAAACAACUACAGCUGAAAACACCCUAAAAGUUCGAAACUUUUGACACCAGGCGUGUGCUUCUAAGCUGCACGUAUUUUGCAGAGGUUUCCUUGCCUCACCUGUACAACUUUACAUGAAAAAAGAUUGACAGAGCUGGAGGAGGUGCAGCGUUAGACAUACAGUAUGCACCAGCUGAGUUAUGCAGUUUGACAGUUAAUUUUAUUCAUGUUAAAUCAGUUUAAAUACAUUUUGACUGAAAAGAAAUUUUUCCCAGAGGAAACACAUAUUUUCACAUUAUGUGUAAAGAAAAUCAAAGAUUUCUAUUAUUUCUGUGGGAGUUGUUUUUAGGUCAUGCUUUUGGGGGAAAAAAUGGUAUCAGGAAAAAUAAAGCAAAUUUCAGAAUGAAUAAAAAGUACAACACUUGA